GAUGAAUAUAUAUAAAGCAAAAUAGUGCAGCCCAUUAUUAUUAUUAUAUGAAUCUAGAUACCUCUUCUUCUAUUUCAAGUUUUCCUCCUAAAAUCUUAAACCCAAUUAGGUGAGAUUUCUUUUACGUAUCACUAAAUCUUCCUCUUUUUAUUCUUCUUUCAAAACCCUACUCCUCCAUUUUCCUGCUUCCCUUUCUUUUAAAAAACCUUCAAUAAAACAUUAGUUCUGAAUCUUAUAAUCUGUUUUCUUGUUUUUUUCCCACUUUUACUUUGAUUUUGUUCAUUUAGUGUCUCUAACUUUAUUGAUCUUUCGUUAGAAGUGAUUUCUUAAUCUUGUGGUUGUAUAAAAUCUCAAUUUUUUGGUUGAAAUAAUCAGUUCUAAAUCCAGCUAUUUUCUUGAUUUUCUCACUUCAUAGAUUAAUUUAUUCAUUUGAAGUCUCAAUCUUUAUUUUAAAAAGCCUUUUUUCUUCUUCUUGAUAGUACUAUUGUUCAGGAAAAAGGAAAGUUUUACCUCAUUUUUUAUUCGGAUUAUUUUCUGGGGGUUAGGUUUAGUUAUAUUAUUUUCUUGGGGUUAGAUACACAUUGAUAUAUAUAGGAUGAGUAGUAAUCAGAAGAAGAGGAAUUUUCAGAUAGAGGCAUUCAAGCACAAGGUAGUGGUUGAUCCCAAAUAUGCAGACAAGACUUGGAAAAUACUGGAGCAUGCCAUUCAUGAGAUUUACAAUCACAAUGCUAGUGGACUCAGCUUUGAAGAACUUUACAGAAAUGCUUAUAAUAUGGUAUUACACAAAUUUGGUGAGAAGCUAUAUUCUGGACUUGUAUCUACAAUUACCUUCCACCUACAAGAGAUCUCUAAAUGCAUAGAGUCAGCCCAAGGUGAUUUAUUCUUGGAAGAGCUGAAUAGGCAAUGGGCAGAUCAUAAUAAGGCAUUGCAAAUGAUACGGGAUAUUCUGAUGUACAUGGACAGGACCUUCGUUCCAAGUACCCAUAAGAUCCCUAUUCAUGAGCUUGGGCUGAAUCUUUGGCGGGAUAACAUAAUACAUGCGAAUAAGAUUCAGAUGAGACUUCUGAGUACGCUUCUUGGACUGAUACUCAAAGAACGGGAUGGGGAAGUAAUUAACCGGGGACUGAUGAGAAAUAUAAUUAAGAUGCUAAUGGAUUUAGGACCAUCCGUGUACCAGGAAGACUUUGAAAAACCUUUUCUUGAAGUAUCAGCUGAUUUUUACAGGGCCGAGUCUCAGAGGUUCAUUGAAUGUUGCGACUGUGGAGACUACCUCAAGAAAGCUGAAAAACGUUUAAAUGAGGAAAUAGAGAGGGUGUCACACUACUUGGAUCCAAAGACUGAAGCUAAGCUCACUAAUGUUGUGGAGAAAGAGAUGAUUGAAAACCAUAUUCCUAGGCUUGUCCAUAUGGAAAAUUCAGGUAUGGUGAAUAUGCUUCUUGAUGAUAAAUAUGAGGAUUUGAGAAGAAUGUACAACUUAUUUCGUAGAGUUCCUAAUGGUCUUGCAACAAUAAGAGAUGUAAUGACUUCUCACAUCAGAGAGAUUGGAAAACAGCUUGUUACUGAUCCUGAGAAGCUGAAAGAUCCUGUCGAAUUUGUCCAGUGUCUCUUGAAUGAGAAGGAUAAAUAUGAUAAUGUAAUAAUCUUGGCAUUCAACAACGACAAGACUUUCCAAAAUGCCUUAAACUCAUCUUUUGAAUUCUUCAUUAACCUCAAUCCCCGUUCUCCCGAGUUUAUAUCAUUGUUUGUGGAUGAAAAAUUGCGAAAAGGCCUUAAAGGAGUCAGUGAGGAAGAUGUUGAAGUUAUUCUCGACAAGGUGAUGAUGCUCUUCCGUUACUUGCAAGAAAAAGAUGUGUUUGAGAAGUAUUAUAAACAGCACUUGGCAAAGCGACUGCUUUCAGGAAAAACAGUUUCCGAUGAUGCUGAAAGAAGUCUGAUUGUUAAGCUGAAGACAGAAUGUGGUUAUCAGUUCACUUCCAAAUUAGAGGGCAUGUUUACCGACAUGAAAACUUCUCAGGACACAAUGCAAGGAUUCCAUGCAGCAUAUGGUGCUGAAUUGGGUGAUGGCCCCUCAUUGGUUGUCCAGGUUCUAACGACUGGAUCUUGGCCUACUCAACCUAGUAUCACAUGCAAUUUGCCAGCUGAAUUGUCAGCCCUGUGUGAGAAAUUUCGGUCGUUAUACCUUGGGACCCACACUGGUCGAAGAUUAUCCUGGCAAACAAACAUGGGCACAGCUGAUCUGAAAGCGACAUUUGGGAAGGGCCAGAAGCAUGAGCUCAAUGUCUCUACUUACCAAAUGUGUGUCCUCAUGCUUUUCAAUAAUGCUGAUCGGCUAAUGUACAAAGAGAUUGAACAGGCCACUGAGAUCCCUUCGUCUGAUUUGAAAAGGUGCUUGCAGUCCCUAGCAUGUGUUAAGGGAAAGAACGUCCUCCGGAAAGAACCCAUGAGUAAAGAUAUCGGGGAGGACGACGCCUUUCUUGUCAAUGACAAAUUUACGAGCAAAUUUUACAAGGUCAAGAUAGGAACUGUAGUUGCACAGAAGGAAUCCGAGCCUGAAAAGCAGGAGACACGUCAAAGGGUGGAAGAGGAUAGAAAGCCCCAGAUUGAAGCUGCUAUUGUGAGGAUCAUGAAAUCCAGGAAGGUAUUAGAUCACAACAACAUCAUCACUGAAGUUACAAAGCAAUUGCAAUCACGUUUCCUGGCAAAUCCAGGGGAAAUCAAGAAACGGAUUGAGUCACUUAUCGAGAGAGAUUUCUUGGAAAGGGAUAAUACAGAUAGACGAUUGUAUCGCUACCUUGCAUAAGAAAUGGUCUCACGGGUAUUUGUCUUGUAGAACUUGAGCAAGUCAUAAUUAGUGACUUUCUUAAGUUUCUUCGGUAGAAUUGAUAUGAUUUAGUGGAACUUUUCCCUACUGUCUUUUAGUAUCUACAGCAGUAAUUGAGUUUCAAUGAAUGCAGUUGUUUCUGCUGGCUACAUGCAUAUGCAUUUGCUCUGAGAGAAAGAUACAAGUAUCGUAACGCUCACUAAAAAACUCCAUGUUAUGAGCUAAACUGCCAUGGUUAGUCUCGGUUGAGUUGUUAGUGCAGGCCUUUGUUAAACUUCAUGUUUUCCUUUGGUAUAAGCUAGCACUGCUCUUUUGUUAUUGGUUAUCUGGUUUCGCGUAGAGAAAAUAUGUGAAUUUUUACUCCCUCUAUUCCGUUUAAUGUGGCACUAUUUAUUUGUA